AUGGAUCUUCUGAAAGUGUUCGCACUGCUCCCUAUAGUGACCAUAUGGCUCGGGGCGCGAGCACUCCCUAACGCACCUGAUGCAUACACGCCCAAAGGCGAAAUCUGUCCCACAACUAGACCGUCUGUCCGCAAUGGGUCGUCGAUAUCGACGAACGAAACAGCGUGGCUGGAACGACGACGAAACGUGACCGUGGAUGCGAUGAUUGAAUUCCUAGGACGACUGGACUUGGGCUCCUUAAACGCAUCUUUAUAUAUCGAGGAGAACGCUGCCAAUGCAUCUGCACUCCCCAAUAUCGGUAUAGCCGCGUCCGGUGGCGGUUACCGAGCGCUGAUGAACGGCGCAGGUGGCCUGCAGGCCUUUGAUUCUCGAACUGUCAACUCCAGUCUCCCAGGCCACCUAGGAGGUAUCCUACAGUCAGCAACAUACCUCUCAGGGCUCAGUGGGGGUAGUUGGCUAGUAGGGUCCAUCUAUAUUAACAAUUUCACGGACGUCACGUCCCUGCGAGAUAGCGGGACGGUUUGGCUAUUCCAAGAUUCCAUCUUUGUCGGCCCAAAAGACAGUACGACCUUUGCGGUCAGGACGUCUGACUACUACUCGCAGAUGCAGGAUGCAGUGGCUGGAAAGACUGAUGCUGGGUACAACACUUCCAUCACGGAUUACUGGGGCCGGGCGCUCGCCUACCAACUCCUCAAUGCCACCCAAGGUGGUGUCGACUACACGUGGUCCUCUAUUGCUCUAAGCCCGAACUUCCAAAGCGGAGGUAUGCCCAUGCCCAUCGUCGUAGCGGACGGAAGGGCUCCCGGGCAGAUUAUCAUCCCUGCUAAUACGACCGUGUUCGAAUUCAACCCAUGGGAGCUCGGGACCUUUAAUCCGCCCCUACAGGCAAUGGUGCCCUUGGAGUUUCUCGGGUCAAACUUUUCCACCGGGACGCUUCCCACAGGUCAACAGUGCGUCCGUGGUUUCGACAACGCCGGGUUCGUUAUGGGAACUUCGUCAUCGCUCUUCAACCAAGCAUUCCUGCAGGUAAACAACACGCAAGCACCUCAGAUAGUGAAAAAUUCGGUCAGUCAGAUAUUGAGCUCGCUCGGAGCGGCCAACCUAGAUAUCGCUGUGUAUGAGCCAAACCCGUUCUAUCUAUACAACAACCAGUCCGAGUACGCCAAUUCUUCCGUCUUGACCCUAGUAGACGGCGGAGAGGAUCUUCAAAAUAUACCUCUGGAGCCUCUAUUACAGCCACAGCGGAAAGUGGAUAUCAUCCUAGCACUAGACUCCUCUGCCGAUACGAGUACGCGGUGGCCUAACGGCACCGCCAUGGUUGCCACAUACCAGCGGAGCCUGAGCUCACUGGGCCAACAAAGUGGUCUCGCCUUCCCACCCGUGCCGGACCAGAACACUUUCAUCAAUCUGGGACUAAAUAACCGCCCGACAUUCUUCGGCUGCAACAGCUCCAAUGCCAGCGGCUCGGUGCCGCUAGUCGUCUACAUCCCAAACGCGCCGUACAGCUACCAGUCUAACGUGUCCACCUUCGACCUGCAAUAUAACACUACCGAGCGCGAUGCCAUCAUCGAGAACGGUUACGACGUCGCCACACUAGGCAACGCAACGGCAGACUCCAAAUGGCCGACCUGCCUGGGCUGUGCGAUCUUGAGUCGGAGUCUGGAGCGCACCAACACCGCCGUCCCAGAAAGCUGCAGGGCAUGUUUUCAGCAAUAUUGCUGGAACGGCACGACGAACAGCACCGACCCUGGCCCUUACUAUCCCACCUAUAAACUAUCUCAGUUGCAUGGCAGCACUAGUGGAGCGCGACGAUCUAUACUGUUUACUAGUCGACUUGAGUUGGAAGUAGUGGAAGCGGCCGUCUGCUAUGCGCUAAUUUGUUCCCUUUUGUGGUGA